AUGGAGGCGCGAUAUCAAAACCAAAUAGCGAAGUUGACGCAGUCGCUGCAGCAGCACGACAUGGAGAGAUUGAAAAUGGAGGAAGAGAGAAAAGAAAAGGAGAAGGAACUGGAGUUGUUGCGAGAAGAAGUGGAGGGAUUGAAGAGAGAAAGAGAAGAAUUGAAGAGAGAAAGCGAAGGAUUCAAGGAGGAAAUGGGAGAAAAGGAGGAGCAGUUGAUUCAAAUGAAGCAUGAAAUUGAGGAGUGGAGAGAAAAAGCGGAUCGAUUGAACGUGGAACUAAAAGGGAAAAGCGAACGAAAUGAAGGAAUAGAGGAAUUGGAUCGAAUGAAAACAGAGAAUGAAUCGCUGAAAACGGAGUUGAAUGAAAUGAAAAAAGAGAAUGAAUCAUUGAAAGGAGAAUUGAAAAAUGUUCAAAUGGAGAAUGAAAGAGAAGAACUGAAUCAAUGCAUUGAAGAGUUAGAAAGGGUAAAACAAGAAAACGAAUCUCUGAGAGCGGAGUUGGAACGAGGAAAAGAAGGAGUCGCGAUGGCAGAGACGAUCGCGUUAAAAGAAGAGCUGGAUAAUUUAAACAAAGUGAACGCUUCUCUCAGAGAAGAACUCAUCAAAUUGAGUGCUGAACGAAAGAACCUUUUGAAUCCUCUCCUUUCCCAUCAACUUCCCAGAGGGUAUCAAAUCGAUUUGAAUGAAUUCAAUGAAUUCAAUGAUCAACAAUCGUUGGAAGGCGAACCGGAUUUCCGAACUCAUCCACCUGAACAAUUCUUCUAUUCAUCUCCUCUUCCCACCUCUUCUUCCUCGUUGGAAGCCUAUCGGCUCGUGAUUUCGCAGCUCUACCGCGAGGUUCUUUCCCUCCAGAGAGAGAAUCAGAGCCUUGUUGCGCAGUUGGAUGCUGCGAAGCCCCUUCAAAUCACAAUCACUCCUUCGGGAAUGGAGGAAUCGAACGCAGGAGUGAAGAGUUUGAUCGCUUCGAUGCAGAUGACGAUGCAAACGUUGCAAGUCACGCUGAAGGAGAAGAACGAUCUCAUCGCCAAGCUGAAUGCGCAACUGCAACAAUUCCUAUCCGAUUCUCAUCCGAAUGGAGAGUUUUCACUCGAUCAAAGAGAAGUGGAAACGGAGAAUAUGCUGAAUUCGGAGGAGCAAACAGAGAGUGAAGGGGAAGAAGAGCAGUCCCAGCAGUCCCAACACAAAGAAGAAGAAGACCAAAGAGAUCAUGAAGACCAGGAAGAUCAAAAAGACCAGGAAGAAGAAGAAGAAGAAGAAGAAGAAGAGAAGGGAGCUUCUCCGAAGCAGGAUUUCUCUCAAGAGAUGCAGAUGGCGCGAGAGGAAGCAGAGAGAAUGCGCCAGUCGUGCGAGCAGCUGAUGGAGGAAAACAACGCGAAGGAAAAACUGCUGGAGGCGCAGCGUUCGCGCGAGCAGCAGCUCUCCGACGAGGUCGCAUCUCUCCAAAACCAAGUCUCCGCUCUCGAAGAAAAACGCGAGGAACUGCAAACCCUGCUCUCUCUCUCUCGCCAGAACAUCCAACAGCUCUCCACGCUCUUCAAAGGCCAGCUAGGCCAGCUGCGCGAUUCGCUAUCUUCGCUGCCUCCUCUGCUCACAGCACAGCAGACUUCGUUGCGAGGCGAAAUGGAAACAACGAUCCGCACGAUCGCAGCGAAAUACGCGUUCCUCACAAACCAUCUUCUUUCUUCUCGCCAGCUAAUCUCGUCGCUUCGAGAUGAGAUUCAGAACUACAAAGGAAACUACCGAGUUAUGAUUCGGGUCCGACCCAUUAACAAUACGGACACUUCCACACACUCUUGCAUCCGAAUCACAGACGAAUACAACAUCUCCAUCCAAUCCGAAGACACGCGAAACGAACCCAAGUCGUUCGUUUUCGAUCGAAUUCUCCCUCCAGCAGCCUCUCAAGAAGAGCUGUUCUUAGAGAUCGAACCCGCGGUUCUCAGCGUUUUCCGAGGCAUUAAUUCCACGAUUCUCGCUUAUGGACAAACGGGAUCGGGCAAAACGUACUCCAUGGUAGGCGAAAAAGGCCGGCUUGGCCUCACAUUCCGAAGCUGUCACUUAUUAUUCGAGGAGUUCCGCUACCGAGCAGACACUUCUUACGAAUUGAAAAUUAGUAUCUCUGAGAUCUAUUGCGAAACGCUUCGCGAUUUAUUGGCGGAGGGUCGGAAAGUCAGCGUGCCGUUUUCUGCGAAAGAUCGGUUGGUCGAGGUCGCUUUCUUCUCCGUUUCUCCCUGUAGAUGA